AUUCGCAUACUUAGUAAGCUCGUUAAAGCUUCACUAAAUGUCACAAGCCAAGCAACAUUGCGCUGAGGUGGCUACGCUGGCCGCCAAUGGGAAAGACCUGUUUGACAGCUCAACCGUAUCUGACUAAGCCGGAAUUUCCCAUUGUGAAUAUAAGCUCUGGCAGUGAAUUACUUAUCAACGAUUCAAUUCAAUUCUGUGCUGUGCUGUGUUGUGUUGUGUACAAGUUUCAUAUCAAUGAUAAGUUCAAGGUUUUUCAUCCUUGUAAUUUGCAUACAAGGAUGCAUUUUUACAAUAACGAACGCCGAUGGCUUGCCAACUGCUGACACUACAUUGGCUGCCACUACAGUUAAUGAAGUGCCAAUAAGUCGCGCAAAAAGAGCAACAACAGGCGAUUUGGUAGCGCAUAGUGCUUUGAAUUUCGCACACAAUAUUGCCGUGCUACUAAAUGAGGAUAUGCAUUAUGGCAAAACCACGAUUUUCUCACCCAUAAGCAUAAUGUCAUCGAUGGUCAUGUUGAUGUUGGGAUCAAAAGGCAGGAGUUACGAAGAUUUAAGGCACAUCUUCCGUUUGGAUGUGCCACCACUGAGCGAUGCAUUAUCUAAUGCAUUUCACUUAGAGUUCGGCGCCAUGUUGCAGGAAAUGCAAGAUAAUGCGAUAACACUGCAGGCAAGAAAUCGCGAUAAUUGGCGUAACACAAAUGUAGCGUACAGUAUACGAAAUAAACCGAAAAUAAGCGCAGAAAAUGCAAUUAACAUGAGUAAUGUGAUAAAAAUCGUAAACGGGUUGUUUAUUAAAAGCGGUUAUGAAUUGAAUGCGAACUACCGAGAUGUUAUCAAUUCGAUUUACAAGUCUGACGUUAUACCACUGGAUUUCAAAUUACCGCAAGCACGCGAUUACAUCAACGAUUGGGUUUACAAAAACACUUUUGGCAAGAUAAACGGUAUCAUAGCGGACGGCAUACCCGCCGAUACCGAUGCCAUACUUACGAGCGCUUUGUAUUUCCGUGGAUUUUGGGAGAGUCCCUUCAUACAGAGUGCUACCAUAAUUGAUAAUUUCUUUCCGGACGGUCUGCAAGAGCCACCGAUCAAAAUACAAAUGAUGGGCACAGCCGGUGCCUACCCUUACUAUUUUUCACCCGAGUAUGAUUGCAAAAUAAUUGGACUACCAUAUGUAAACAACUUCACCAGCAUGUAUGUUAUACAACCGUCCUACUCGAGUCGUCAUGUCUUGCGUAGGCUUCUAAAGAAUCUUAGCGCUGAGAAAAUCGAAGAUAUGAUCUCGAAGAUGGUCUAUCAAAAUGCCAUCUUCGCUUUGCCAAAAAUGCAUUUAUCGCAGAAUAUUAAUAUGAAACAUAUUUUCCGUGCGCUCGGUCUGCGUGAUGUACUCGCGAGUGGUGAGCGUUUCAGUGCAACGCAUUUGAGUAAUUUGAACGAGAGAACGUGGCCGCGUGGGAAGCGUAACGUCGUCUUUCCCACAGAUGGCACACCGACAACGGACCGUUUUCCACAAAGUUUCCCUCCCAUUAUGGCGCAGCAAAAUGCACCUAUCUACACAGAGCAGCUAUUGCAACAAGCAGCAUUCACCAACACACCACAAUUAUUACAAAACAAUCCAGCCACCACUACAGAGCAACUGUUGCAGCAGUGGAGUUUUAAGCGCAAUGGCAGCAAUAAUUUGCUCUCCGACCUUUAUGUGGGCGAUAUUGUGCAUAAGGUCGAUUUGGUGGUGGAUGAGAAUGGCACAGAGGGCGCCGCCGCAACGGCGACUUAUCUCAAACGCUCGGGUGGCAAUGUGCUCUUCCGCGCUGAUACACCGUUUCUGUUGCUGGUGCGUCAUGAUGCCACCAAAUUACCGUUAUUCUAUGGUAUCAUCAAUAUACCAGCACCGAGUUUUGUUUGAAAUUUUUUUGAGUGCAAAAAAACAAAACAAAUUAUAAAUUUAUAAAGAAAAAAAAUUAAAAAAUUUAUAAAAAGAAAAAAAUUCAUAAAUUUAUAAGAGUAUAUACAUAUAUAAUGUUAAUAUGUUAAAGUUAUAACAUAUAUAUUUCAACUAAUGCUGCCUUUUUUCGUAAGAGUGAACAAAUUUUCGUGGAUGCAACAUUUUUACUAAUAUACAUACAUUAUAAGCUAACUUAAAAUUUAGUAUGACUAAUAUUUUUAAGAAAAUUGUGCAUAAGUGUGCAUGUAAAAACUGAACAAAAAGUGAAAAAAGUUUUUAAAAUGUUUUAUUGUUAAAAAAAUAUGUGAGAAAUAUGCAAAAACGUUUUUAAAACAUUUUAUUUUAAGAAAAAAAUAUUUAAAAAAUAUUUUAAACUAAAAAAAACUAUGAACUAAGAGAAAAAUGCAAGAUGUGCAGCAAAUAUAUAAAAAUUUUUAAGUGAUAUAAUCAAAAAUAUUUAAUUUUCAACUUGUUUUUAUCGCUUAUUUGCUAUAUAUCUAUGAAAUUUUGUAUGUAAGUUACUAAAUUAUUAUAUUUAUGCCUUUGUACUUGGUGCCUCACAUAUUUAGCAUACAAAAACACAAAAAUGUGUAUGUAUGUAUGUAGCUGCUAAGCAAAUAAAAUUUAAUUAACAACUUUUAUUAUCAAAAAAUUCGAAGUUUACAUUUUGUACGCAAUUUAUUACAACUGUAUGUAUGUAAUGUUGUAUACACAUAUGUAUGUAUAAAAUAUGAUACUAUAUAUACAUAUAUGUGCUUGAAAUAAAUCUGAUUUCGUUAGGCAAAAAUGUCGGCGCUGUUCAAAAAUUGCCACAAAUCAUCAGUCAACAAUUGUUAAAAAAGUGUUGGAAGUGUCAUUACAAACAAUUAACAUUCACACCCCGUUUGU